ACUGCGAACCUAGUCCACAUGCGCAGUGCAGUGAGGUAAACAUCGACAAGACGCUGGGCGGUUGUCUCUCAGGCCGAGAGGGGGUUGCGGCUCUGUCUCUGUGGAUGGGUUUAGAGCGGCUGCUUCACCGAAGAAUAAAGGACGAGUCAAGAGGAACUGCUCAAAGAAGAAAAAUGGUGUAUUUUGAAUAAGUAACUCAUAUCUGCAUUGUGAUGUAGACUAGGAAUAUGACAGAAAACAAAGAUUUAGAGGGAGAGAUACAUCCUCUGAAAAAUGAUGAAGUCAGAAACCAAGAAACAAAUGAAGUUUCUAACAGACGCAAAGAAACCAAGAUCAGGAAACUUACAAAAUUUGGUCAGCUUUCCCGUUGGAGAACUGCUGCCUUCUUCUUGGUUUUAUUUGUAUGUCUAAUUGUGGUAUUUGCAUUUUCCUUCAUAAUACCUUGUCCAGUGAGGCCUGUGUCACAAAGGGCAUGGAACAGAACAUUUGAAAAUGCAGUGAGUUACCCUUUUUUCACACUGUGGGAUGUGAACAGAGACAAAGUUACAGAUGUGAUAUUUGCAUUUAAGUAUUCCAACAACACUAACAUUAAUGGAUCAUGUGUAGCUGAGGGCUUUUCUCCUCUUUGUGCCUAUGUGGCUGCUCUAUCAGGGACCAAUGGGAGUCUCCUGUGGCAGAGAGCUUUGGCAGAGAAUGUUCAGCAUGUGCAAUGUGGAAUUGAAAAUCUAAGUGGUACAAAGUCUUCGGGAUGCCUAGUUAUUGGAACUCCUCAUCUUACUGCAAUCAGCUCUUCUGGAGAAACAUUGUGGACAUUCAACACUAGUUUUGCUGUUGACCUUUCUGUGAUUGGUCCUGCAUUGAUACUUCCAGAUCUGGAUGGUGAUGAUGUUGGAGAUUUUUUGAUCUUUUUUACACCUAUUAAUCAGGUUAGCUCUGUCACUGAGUUGAUUUUGCAGCUAUUGUCUGGAAAGAAUGGAGAUCUUAUUGGUCAGGAGGUGUACCACAAUGUUACUGAAAGUCUUGUACCUUUCAGUCCACUGAUUCACAUUACCAAUGCUGGUGCCUACUACGUUCUCUUUAUUCAAGGAACUGUACAGGGAGUGGCGCUGAAAGAUAUUUAUGUACAAGCAACUGGAAUACCAGUUACAGCAGCUAAACCAAAUGCAGAAUUUCUUAAAUCAGAUCCUGAGUGGGAGAAAAAGGCUGAUCCAGUGUCUAGAAAGAUAGAAAUCUAUAGUUCCAAGACAGCUAAAUACCUUCAGAAGGUGCAUGUGCCAGGAAAGAAUGCUGGAAACCUGUUAAUCAGCACAAAACACAUAGUUCAGCUUUUGGAUGGACAAAGCCUGCAGACCUAUUGGCACCAUAAUAUAUCUCAAAUUCAAGGUGCACCAGUCUCUGGAUACUUUAACAUGGAUGAUGUUUUUGAUUUUCUAAUAGAAGAUUUCAUUGAAAAGAACAAAAAGAAGGUUACGAUUGUUGAUGGUAAAAAUGGCAAGAUACUGUGGGAGGAAGAUUUAAUAUGCAGGAAAAACUGUCCAAGCCCAUCUUCCAUCAACACUGUAUCCCAGUCAAUUUUUCUUUUCUGGGAUGAACUUCCAACAAAAGCCAAUGGUUCUGUGUCUGAAGAUUUAACUAAGAAUAGACAUUAUCUCUAUAUGGUUCAUCCAUCACAUCCAAUCAUCAUUCUGGAGCUAAAAAACAGUACUGAGAAUGUGCUUGCCUAUACCACUGCUUUAUUUGAACAAAGUAGACAUGCUUGCAAUGUACUGAUGAUGGGGCAACCUAUAGGGAGCAAUCCAGGACCACUGACAAUCACCAAACAAAAACUGAAGGAAGCCAUCUCUUUGAGCACGGUUAGACGACUAAACGAGGGGCACGAUGACUUCAGUGAUGACGAAAUCAAGGAAUACUUCUAUAGAAUGCGAUACAGCAGCUAAUGGUAAAUGGUAAAAAAAAUCAAUGAACAAAAGUGCUUCUCUCUUUAUUAUUAGAUAUAUUUAUCUAUAUAAAAUAUUUUUUGUUUUAUUUCUUGCUGACCAAAAACAGUUGCUUGCAAAAUAUUGUAUUUUAGGAGUACUUUGAAGACAGUUAAUAAUUUAACCUUCUGGCUUCAGAAUUACAUCUAAGAGCUUCCAAAAGGGGAAAUCCAAAAUUGGUAUUAAAUCUUAAAACCAAAUUGGAAUUUAAAAAGGCUAUGCUCCCUCCCUUAACAUAAACAAUUAGAGUAACUAUUACAGCAGUGCUCAUUGAUAUCUUUCAUUAUCUUAUUGCAUUGAGCAAACCAUGGCCUUUGUUGUAAUUUUAUUAAUUAAAUCCAAAGUUUUUGAAUUGCAAGCAUUUUGCUUCAUAUUUGAUUUGAAAAGUAUCUUUUUGAUCACAUGACUUGAAUUCAGAAGGCACAACUUUAACCUCUCUGACUCGUUUGUGGGUUUUUUUCCUUAUUUGAAACACAAGUAAAAUGUUACCCUAUUAAUUAGUAUAAAUUACGUGUGCCCCAAAAAAACACCAAGGAAAUGCAAAGCAAAGCAGUUCUGGAACUUUUCAAUAUUUGAAUUAAUCUUUAAGCCACCGCUCUAAAUAAUCUCAUUCUCUUCAAGAGUCUGAAUAUUAUCUGAAAUUUACAUUACUUGAUCUCAGUCACUUGGGAAAUAAAUUACCAUAUCUGACAGUGCAAUUUUAGGCUGACUACCAUGUUCGUAUAUACUUGCAAAUUAAAACAUAGGCACCAGUUAUGAUAUUGGGCACCUAAUAUUUUAAUUAGUACAUUGCCAAGUUUCUGGGCAUUGUUUAUAUACAAUGGGAUCAGUGAAUGGUAUUCCUUCAAUCUUUAUUGAAACAGGGAGUUUAAAUCUCAAAUGUAUUUGCAACAAGAACAGCACAUUGGAGAAGAAAACCUAUGCACCCCCCUUGAGAAUUAAUAUGUUACUUAUUAAUUAGUCAAAUUAGUGUACCCAUUCAAAAUCAUUCCCCUCCACUGUGGUUGACAGAGCCCUCAACCUUGUCCGACCCACUUCUCACACUUCUGCUCGUAUCCUUUCCCCUCCCUCCCAGAACCACAAUAAAGUUCCCCUUAACCACACCUUCUACCCACCAACCUCCACAUUCAAAGGAUCAUUCUCCACCAUCAAAUACAAGGGACUGUUCCCCUCUGCGACACCUGAUUCACUCAAAUAAACAUUUUGUAGGGAGGGGGUGGUGGGAAAGCAUAUAUAUUUUUAUUCUCUACAUUUGAAUUAUGCCAGGAAGAACUGAUUAUGAUGUACACAUGUUGAUAUUAUUUAAAGGGUAGCUAAAAUAUAGGUGGACCAGGUGGAGAUAUUUUAUUCGCUGCUUUCGUAUUUUACUCCUGCUACACCCCCAAAGAAAAACUAAUUGGUUGGGAUAUUUGCCAGGGGGAGGGGAAACUCAGAAAUAUGAGGAAUCGGAGGUCCUGUUAAAUUUAAUGGCAGGACCUUAUUAUCAUUUGCCUAUUCUACUUCCUGCAUGACAGGUGGACACAGCUCAUCUGGGAACCACUGGGGACAGUCCCUGAGAAUAGGAAAAGAUUGGGAGUUUGAAAGGGAGGUGUGAGUUGGACCAACAAUUGGGAGGCAAAGAUUGUGGGUCUAAGCAUGGGCAGUGGGGAGUCCUCAAGUUGAUGGGGCAGAAUGUUCUGGAUCGCAUGUUCAAGGUGAAGGCAGCAUAUCACAACAGUGAGGAGAAGCCAUGAUUGGAAUUUUUGCUUGAGGCACUUUCCUACUUCUAUUGACUCACAAGCAAUGCUCUUAAAAAGCAUUGCCUGUGAGCCAGCUACUCCAUUCCCCAUUUAGCUGCAGGUUUCCUGAGUCCUAGGGAACUUGGUCAGCAUCCAUUAAAUUUAACCCAACUGCUGGGAACCUGAUUUAAGUAUGAGUCCCAACUCUUCAAAACAGCUCUCAAGCCACUGCCAUAAAAAUAAUGGCAGGCAUGUAAAUAGGAUGUUGGGGGCGCCUUUUGCAAUUUCUAAUUUUUAAUUCUCUCCCUCUCAAUGUGGUAGAUACUAUGUAAAGGCAUUGUUUUAACAUUUCUAUAUUUUUCCCUUUCGUUGAUGAAACUGAAGCAUAACAACGUUUUGUGCCAAUUAGAGAGAUAAUCUUUGAAUGUUUAUUACCACAUUACAAUGUGGUUAUACAAUACAGAAAUAUUAAUUUAAAAGGAAUGAAACAACAAUGUAUUUUUUUCUUUGUGUACUGCAUUGGGAAGAGUACACACUGCAUGAGUGUUUUAAAAUAAGGAACAUACUUUAGGGAGAUGUACCUGAAGUACUAGCCUCGUGCUAUGGAGAAGACUAAGAAAUUAGCUCCAUUAGUCAGAAUGGAAUUAGAAGCAAUUUGGGUAAACGUGGUGUUAUAUAAAAUGUCGUAAUAUAUUUUGUACUUGUAUCAUAUGUAUUUAUGGUCAGUUUAUUUAAGUAAAACUGUACAAUCCACCAUGUUUUUUAAAUUAAAUCUAGUCGUCCCAAAUUUGAAAUAUGGUUAAAAUGUAUGUAGAUAGAUAUGCUGUGUAUUUCUACCAUGUUCUAUAUUUUGGACUUUUUUCAAUAUUCAGUUUUUCUUUUCAUCUCAUCUCAGUACAAAUAAAUACUAAUUAUUUUAAGAGUUAGUCUUUUCAAGCACUUACUGGACUCUGAUUGAUUUAACAUUUUUCAGGAGAAUGAGAUCACUGUUGACCAAUGGAUAAAUGAACACUGUACCUUAUUCUGAACUUAAUCAUGCAUGUAGUGCACUGAUUAAAAUUAAGCUCCCCACAACACAAAACGGAUUAUUCCAGGAUUACUAUUAAAUUCCUACUGCUUGUUACUACCUCCAGGUUUUCAUUGUUAAUAGACAAAUCUAGCUGAUGCAUUAUCAGGUUUCAGAAGCAUUAGGAAGAGGAUGAGGUAAAUUAGAUAAUAGUGGUUCGGUGAAAAUAAGUUUCAGUUUAAAAUUGGUAGCUUAAUUCAUAUGCAGAAGGGAAGAUUGGAAUAACCAAGGAUCUGACAUUUCUGUGGUUGUUUAAAUGGCAGCUCCAGCUUUGUAAAUGAGGUGUUGCUGCUGCUGAAAAUGUGCUAAAUGACCUUCAGAGAUUUGAUCACUAGUAUUGAACACAAAAUUCACGUCUUAUUACAUUGGAGAAAAAUAUAACCUAUGGAAUGUAGCAGCAUUGUAUAAUGGGCAAGCUGAUUAAGCAAGAAAUUACUGAAGCAAGUAAUUAUUUUAUUACAGGAAAUAGAACUGACUGCUGAAAUUUUUGAAAGCGUGGGCAGUAAAUUUUUACCCUUGGCUAAGUGGUGCAGUGCCAAAGGAGUCCUACACUGUUUGAGGUGUCAUCUUUUAGAUGAGAUGUUAAACCAAGGCCCUAUCCUCUCAGGCAAAGGUACAGUGUUCCAUAGCAUUAUUCAAAGAAGAGCUGGGGAGUUCUCCCCAGUUCAUAUUUAUUGUUCAACCAGCAUAACUUAAAAGAGAAAAUGCUGGAAAUACUCAGCAAACCAGGUAGCAUCUGUAGAGAAACUGAGUUAUCAGUUCAGGUGGAUAACCCUUCUUCAGAUUCUGAUUUUGAUGGAAGAUUAUUGACCUGAAACGUUAACCCUGUUUUUCUCUGCAAGGAGGCUGCCAGAGCUGCGGAGCAUUUCUACCAUUUUCUGUUUUUAUUUCAGAUUUCCAACAUCUGAGGUUUUACUUUUGUAUAACUUAAAAUACCCAGGGUAUCUGGUAAUGAUCUCAUUGCUGUUUGAGGGGGAUUGCUGUGUGAAAAUUUGGCAUCCGUGCUUCCUCCAUUACAACAGUGAUAACACUUCAAAAGUACUUCAUUGGCUGUAAAGUGCUUUAUGAUGUCCUGAGGUCACAAAAGGUGCCAUACGAAUGCAAGUCUUUCUUAGAGGGAACUUGAAAUAGCUAUGGGGAAGAAAGGCAGAUUUGCUUUUGUGGUCACUGAAAAAUGAAUUGUUUCUGGCAGCUUGAACUUUGUGCUGGUAUUUCAUGUCAAUAAAUUUGAUGUUUUAACUAAGUUUAAAAAGUGAGUUGCCUUCAAACAGAAACCGAGGACAAGUGUCUUUGCAUUUCUGAAAUGUUUGAUAUAGCUGGGUAGUAAGAUUCUUACACCUGUUAUAUGUUAAAUACUGUUCUAUCUAAAGUUAUUUUUAAUCUGUACAAAACUGAUAGAAAUUACUAAAUUUUGGAAUUUAAAACCCUUACUUAAUUUUUAUAUUUACUUCAAAAACGCUCAUUAAAUAAAGCAUGAGCAAGUCAUGUAAAUUAUUAACAAUUGAAUCAAAGCCUGAUUGUGGACCAGAAGUGUACUAAUACAUAAAAAUAUAAAAAUAGGAAAAUUAAUUUGAUUAAAAAAUAGGAAAAUUAAUUUGAUUAAAGAAAUUACAUCAUUGAAGCGCCAAAAUGAUUUCAUAUUGUAUUCUUCCUCAUAGGGGAUUUUAUAUAUACACAAAAGAGUAUCAGUUACCUUAACAGUAUAACUGCAUUAGGUUCAUGGUUGGUCAUUUUCUUCAAUGUAUAUAUUUAAAUAUACAGAUUUUAAAGAGAAAUAUGUUAUUCUAUUGUCCAUACUUUAAACCAUUAAAUUGAUUGUGAAAUGAGGUGCUUACUGUUUAGGUGCCUUGCUUUUAUAAGACCCAUACUUGUCCUUUUCCUGUACUUUGCACUGUGUUUCCAAAAUUUUACAAUGAAACUUUUAUUCAAAGAAUGAAUGUGGUGGGGAGUGCUGUAAGUGUUUGUAAUGUGGCUUACAAUAAAUACUUCUGUUUCAUCCUGCAAAA